UGGUGUUGACCUUAUUACAAGUGCUGUACAAGAUUAGAUUCUACGACGAUGGCGGGUGCUAAGUAUGUCUACCAGAUUGGAAAAACUAACCCGGUGCUUCUUAUCAGCAGUCUAAAGAACCAUUUCACCUGUCAUACACGGAAAUCCACCGUCUGCACAAUUUUAAGAGGGAUAACAACAACUCCGUUUCCAGAAUUCCAAGGAGACCCUCAGCUAAAAUCACAUGCAGAUUUGUAUAAUGCAAGUUUGCAGAAUCCAGACCAUUUUUGGGGUACACUUGCAAAAUCUAGGUUACAAUGGUUUCAGACAUUUAACCAGAUCAAAGACUGUGAUAUAAAUCAGGGGCACAUACGAUGGUUUAUGGAUGGGAAAUUAAAUGCGUCUGUUAACUGUGUAGACAGGUAUGCCGAGAAGAAUGGAGAUGCUAUAGCCUUGAUCUGGGAAAAAGAUGAGCCUGGUACGGAGGAAUUUGUCAGUUACAGGCAGCUGUCACAAAUGGUUAACAAGAUGGCGAAUUUACUCAAGAGUUCUGGUGUGGGUCGCGGCGACCGUGUAGCCAUCUACCUCCCUACCUCACCAAUAGCUGUGGCAGCCAUGAUGGCGUGUGCCAGGAUUGGAGCCAUCCACAGUGUGGUAUUUGCGGGGUUUAGUGCCGAGGCUCUGGCUGGCAGGAUUGUUGAUGCUGAUGCUGAGACUGUGAUAACUGCUGAUGAGGGAGUGAGAGGGGGGAAGACCAUUCCCCUCAAACAGACAGUAGACGCGGCUGUGGCCCAAUGUCCCUGUGUUAAACGUGUGUUUGUUUAUCAGAGGACUGGAAACCCUGUCCCGAUGACCAAGCUGGAUAUCCCUUUAGAUAAGGAAAUGGAGAGACAGUCAGAUGUGUGUGAACCAGAAGAAAUGGGAAGCGAGGACCUACUCUUUAUGUUGUAUACCUCAGGGUCAACAGGGAAGCCUAAAGGGAUCGCCCAUUCUACGGCAGGAUAUCUCCUGUACGCUGGUAUCACACAGAAGAACCCGGCCCAAACUUGGUUUUUUAAAAGGUCUACUAGGGGGCGGGCCCCCCGUAGGGGGUUUUUCCAGAUCCGGGGGGAAAAGGUUUAUGUGAUCAAUGUUAGUGGACACAGAAUAGGCACGGCAGAGGUUGAGGAUGCCAUGGAUAACCAUUCACAAGUGGCUGAGACAGCAGUGGUGGGCUACCCUCAUGAUAUCAAAGGAGAAGGUAUCUAUGCCUUUGUGGUGCCCAUGGAAAACGUUUCCCCAGAGGAUGCUGAUACUCUCAAGGCUGAACUUAAUUUAAUGGUCAAGACUAGCAUAGGUAGCUUUGCUCAGCCAGACAAGAUUCUGUUUACACCAGGAUUACCCAAGACAAGAUCUGGAAAAAUAAUGAGAAGAAUUUUGCGUAAGGUUGCAGACAACAAACCAGAUGAACUUGGUGAUAUUUCCACCUUGGUGGAUCCAUCAGUUGUGGAGAUCCUGGUACAGAGACAUAGUCAGGAGUUCCAGGUCUGAUGUUCACCCCAGGCGGCUGUAACCUAGCCGAGCGAUUACCACACAGUAUCCAAAAUAACAACACAAUCAGAAAGUACAUAUUUACAAUUUCUAUUAUACAGUUUAAUUACAAGCAAUGUACAAUCUAUUUACAUGGGUUAUUUUUACUAUUUAUCUAUUUUACAAAACCUUGCUUACAAAUCACUCAAUCAUCCCCUUCCGUGAUACACUCACCAAGUAGAAACACACACAAUCAUAGGUACUAAUAUAUAUAUAUAAACUAAACCCUAAAGUCUUUGUAGCAACACAGCGUAGAUGAUAUCCUUGUCCAUACACAAUUGGUAAAAGUCUCCGGGUUUGAUGAAUAUUUAUGAUACUUGAACCGCCGGUUGCCUCGUUGGGUCUGCUACUUCCCACGCUGAUGGCGUCAGUCCAGUAUUACUAAGGCCCGAUACGACCCAUCCGGGUCUCCAUAUGAUGUUUCUACACCAAAAUGCAGCCGCUACUCUGGCUACCCUUGAGUACACUUGUAUCCGUGUUCUCUACCUCCCACAAUCAUCAUGUACUAUUUGUGGUACACAACUUGGUUGUCAACAGUACAGUCUAUGGAUCCCAUUACAAUGGUGCCACCCGGCUUCCAUACACUUUACUGCUGGACAGCAUGUCCACUCACGUGAAGCUACAAAAUACCAAAUUAAACCCUAAACUUGAUAUUCAUAUGUUUACAGUAAAUAAUAUUAAAUUUAAACACGCUUAAAACCACUUUUCGACAAACAUACUGAUAUAAACGACUACAUACACAUUCAGAAAGAGAAUAAUAGAUAUGAACUUACCGUGACUGUAAUUUCAUGCUUCUUCCAAGAAUAUAGGCAUAAGUAUCACUAUACUACAACUGCCAAGUUUCCAUUAUCGAGCCGGGUGGAUUACUGACUACCGCAGCCCAAAACACCCAGCCGUACAAUAGCGCAACUUAUGUGUUGUAUAUCUCACGUACUCAGCUAACAUACUUACCUACCAUAUAAAGAUCAUUCGGUGAAACAAAGUUGGAUUGUGACAGCAGCUGACAGACAAGCACUGCUGUUUGUCUCAUGCAUAUAAUUCCAAUACAUUCAUGGAGAACAAUGGUUUCUAAACCAACACUAGUGGUUUUAUAUAGACUUUGUUUAACUGUAGUGUUCAGCCAUAGGAGUAGAAUUUGAGAGAGUUGUGUAAUUAUUAAAGUACACCUUGUUUGAUAGGUAGUUGUAACGCAUUGCUAACUAGCUAUUGUUAAUGAUUGGUUAAUACUGUAAUUUAAUGCUAGAUUGGGAGGGGAGAAGCUUACCACAUGUUCUGUUUGCCAGAAGCUUAAAUUACCACAUGUUCUGUGGGCCAGAAGCUUAAUUACCACAUCUUCUGUGGGCCAAAAGCUUACCAAAUAUUCUUUGGGCCAGAAACUUACCAAAUAUUCUUUGGGUCAGAAGCUUAUAUAUAUAAUUACCACAUGUUCUGUGGGCUAGAAGCUUACCACAUGUUCUGUGGGCCAGAAGCUUACCACAUGUUCUGUGGGCCAGAAGCUUAAUUACCACAUGUUCUGUGGGCCAGAAGCUUACCACAUGUUCUGUGGGCCAGAAGCUUACCACAAGUUCUGUGGGCCAGAAUCUGAACUAAUUCCACUUGGAUUGCAUUUAAUCAAGGCCAAUUUUUUAUAUACUUAUUUAGGUACAUUAUGUCAGGGGAAUGAUUGCUGAGAGGCUGUGUCUGAUUUUGUUUUAGACUGCAAGACAUUUUAUAUUGAUGUUUUUGUUGGAAACAUGUAUAAAAUGCUUUAACAUUUAAAUUUUGUAUGUGUGUGAUAUUUAAAAGGCACUUUAUCAUUUUGGUUGUGGUGUUAUUCAGGGUGUGUACUUGCAAGCUUCAUUUUUCAUCAUUCUGGAAGACUUUGUUUUUACCUAUUUUAGUUAUCAUGCCUGAUUUUGAGUGGAAUUUCAUACAUCUUGAAUAGAAUAAUCAGUUGAAAUGACGGUAUUUUUAUGUUAUGUUUUAUAUAGAACAGGAUUGAUCACAGUAUUUUGAACUGUUCUGUCAAAUAGGGCGUUGUAGGUAUAUAUUAAACAUUUUUAGUUUUUUAUGUGAUUAUUACCCAUGAACUGCAUGAGAGAUCCAGGUUAGGUUGUUGUUUGAUAAGCUGAGUAUACAAUAAUCUUUUUCAGAGUUGUUAAUUAUGUAGAAUUAUAUGUCCCAUUGACCAAAUAUGAUAAAUUCCAAACAUCAUUUGUCAAAUCUGAAUGUGUCAUAUAGCCAUAACCUCAUAAAGGGAGAGAGAAGUUUUAACGUAGAGGCCUCUGUUGGCAUCUUUGUUAGCAGUACCUGUUUUAAGUGUUAACACAUGCUACAUAAAAUGAAGUUUUAUUCUGAAGGCUGCUGUGUUUUUUAGUUAUUUAAGCACUUUAGACCGAUUUCUUUGUUUAUUGUAUAUUCCAUUACAUAUAAAUUACAAGGGAUUGAACAACAGAUAAAGCCUUUGUAAGACCUUGAUUGGACAACAGAUAAAGCCUUUGUAAGACCUUGAUUGGACAACAAGUAAAGCCUUUGUAAGACCUUGAUUUCUUACAUACAUUUUACAUAUACCUGUUACAUGUUAUCUCUGUUUUGAAUUGUAUAUAUGUUAGCAGGGUUUGUGAAUUACCUUAUUAUCAUUGUUACUGUGUGUGUUUUUUAGUGCUGAGAAUUUUUCCAUGGCAGUUUGAUAAAGGAUAAAUGAAUGUAUUUGCAAUAUGGAACUAUUCGCUUAAUAAUUUACCUGUAAAAUCCAAAAAAUUGUACUUUUGAUUGAUAUUAACAUAUUGUGAUAAAAUACCAUUGUGAAAUUGACUUUUACAUGUACAUAUUUAUUUUAGGUGAUGUGAUAACACCUGAUACAGCGACACACCAACUAUAUUUUUGUAGAAUCAGAUCUAUCAAAACCAACUGCCCAGCUUCAACAUUAGCAUUAUCAUCACUCAUCAGACACUCAUUGUUCAUGUUAAAUACUGUAGGGCAUGUUGAAAUACGUUUUCCAUUGUAAACCAAUCCAUGUUACUCAUUGACAGCUUUUAGAUGUUUUUCAACCCCAGCAGUUUCUAUAGACAGCUUGGCUGAGGUUUUAUAAAACAGUGUUGUGUCAAUACUGAUGAAGAUGCAGCACAGAUAUUAGACAUGUGUUUUCCUAGUGAUAAGACCUAUCCAUUGGUACUGGUACUACUUUUCCAGACCUGCUGACCUUUGACCUAUUUUUAAAAAAUCUCAACUCUCCACAGUACAUUAAUCUACAGAUAGGGUUUUCAUAUUUGACCUGUUUGUUCCUUGUCACAAGUCCUCUCUUUUGGUACUACAUUUGUAAACCUGCUGACCUUGACAGUGACCUUUGACCUACUAUUAAAUUCUGAAUUCCAACCCACUUAACAAGCUAUGCUGUCAUCUGACAACUUUUGUUACAGAUAAUGAUUUGCUUCUACAUACCACUGGGAAUGAAAAUAUAUUAUGGUAAUUUCUACUAAAUAAACAUUGCAAUAUUUUUAUAGACGCUGCCCUAGUCAUGAAUGAAAUGUGUGAUACAAAUAACUGUAAUUAUUAUGCAAGAAAUGAUAUUUGUUUUUACUAACAUGACUCAUAAUUAUUUUAAUGAAAUUGAUUCAUAGAACCAGUUAAUGGUAAACUCAUUGAGAAUUUUAUAUUUUUGUAAUUCUAGGUUUUUUGUCUAAAUUGUGUUUGAGUGACAGUGAUGAUAUCAUUAUCUGUGUAGUCCAUUUAUUCAUUCAUUAAUACUCAACAUUGUACAUAUAUACAUGUUCAUGAAAUUAUUUCCAAGUGCUGUGACUGCCUUAUUUACACAUGUAUCUGAUAAACAGAAUAAAGUGCUACAUAUAUACCA